AUGCCGGCUAAGCAGUAUCUGUACGAGAAAGCGGUUGCGCUGUUUAAAGAAAAUCGCCAUGUAGAAGAAGCAGCUGCCGCCGUACAUCGCACUGUGCUACAGUCCAUUGAUGAAUGCACCCGUGAACUCCGUGAAGUCCAGCUAGGGCUGAAUGAAUUAAGGGAAGCGGCGUCCAGAGCCCUAGCGCAAACCACGAAGCCGAAGAAGUCAAGAGACUUGUUGCUCACUGUCCUGCGUAAGCGAACGGAACACCGAGAGCUGUACCGUCGGUCAGUGGAACGAGAACCGGAUCCGUUGAUCCGGAAGGCAGGACAGAAACCGGCGAAGAAAAAGAAGAAGGUGGACAUCCUUGAUAUAUUCCAGCCAGACACUUUUAAUAUGGAUUCCGAUUUGGACGACAAAGAACUGGGCAAACUGAUGCAACGCCAUCUGAAAUCCUUCAGGAAAAUGACAACACAAGCGUUGUGCCAAGCACCAGUGCAAUCAAUGUUUGCGCGAUUGAUGAGUCAAACGGACAAGGUUAAAGGGAAAUUACGCAAGACGCUGCGUCCUGGGUUGUUUAAGAAGGGAAGCAAGAACCCAAGACGCGAGGUCAUGCAGAAAUUCAUCGAACUCCAUGAAACAGGGUUCAAGGCUGACAAGGUCACGGAGUACAAGGAAGCCUUGAUGGAAACAAUUAAGAGAAUGAAUCAAUGGAGCAACGGUUAUGAAAACGGAUUGAUUGGUAUGCUAGAUGUCUAGUAGCAUAAUUGUUGUGGCGAAAACCAUGAUAUAACACAUUAAAGUCCACAUACUAGCCGCAUGAUACUGAUGCCAUCAGACUAAUAAACUCUGGACUAAUGUUCUAACUGUUAUGCCAAGUAAUUGUAGUCCGUUUAAUCAAGAUGUCUACGUAAAUAUAAUGAAGGGAAGAGCCCUGGGAAGAAAAAAAAUUAACAAUCAAUACCGUAUCAAGCCAAUCAAGUGCAAGCUAGCAAUGCUAUACAGCUAGGUAUAUAAAAGCACUCGACGCAACGCACGAACGGCUCAUUUCCAGUUUUUGUAAGUCGUUCGCUUACUAAGUCACUA